CUCACCAGAAAAUUCCCAGUUGGCCAGAGGGCAGUCUCCAGUCACCUCCAUAUUAAUUGCAUGAUUCCCUUUGGGUGUCUGGUCCCUUUUUCCCAUCCUCCUUCUCAAGCUCACCUAUCUUCAGGAGCCCCAGCAGCCAUUCGCUUUUGAUGAGCUGGUUCGGUUCGGUUCGCAGAAACCAAGUCCCUUGAGAGAAACCCGCUGAUUCUUGUUUCGCGGCUACACUCUGUGGUUCAUCUUUCCUCCUAAACCCUUUUUUCUUUCUUCCACUUCUCCAACUCGUUAUAUUUACACCUUGAGUCUUGACUCGUCCGAUCCUUGACCCAGAGCUCAGAGCUCCUGUUCCCAGAGCUUGACUAUCAAACCACCCAUCACUUUCUCCCGCACACCCUCUUAGCCGCGUUCGUCGACGACUUCGGCCACCCCGUCUUGAAACAAUGGCUACCGACAAGCCAAUUGUCGCGUCCGGCGCAGACGUCGGCGAUGGCGUUAGACGCCGAGCCGUACCUCAGGGCCAGUCAGUUCCCCUAACGGCUGCUCCCGAGGUAGAUGACAAGAAGCAGCUUGCCAAGAAGGAGAGCUCCUUUCUUGACCAGUGGGAGGUCGUCAUCGCCCCCGUCAUCUUCACGGCCGUCGCCAUCUUCACCCGACUGUGGAGAAUUGGCCUCAGCGACAUCGUUACCUGGGACGAGGCUCACUUUGGCAAGUUCGGAAGCCACUACAUUAAACAUGAAUACUAUUUUGACGUCCACCCCCCCUUGGGCAAGAUGCUCGUCGGGCUGUCUGGCGUUCUCGCUGGCUACAACGGAUCUUUCGAGUUCAAGUCCGGCGAAAAGUACCCCGAGGAUGUUGACUACACCUUCAUGAGAGCUUUCAACGCCCUCUUCGGCAUUCUCUGCAUCCCCAUGGCAUACUUCACUGCCCGCGAGCUGAAGCUGCGCCGCCCCGCCGUCUGGCUCGUCACUCUGAUGGUCCUCUGCGAAAACUCGUACACCACCAUCAGCCGCUUUAUUCUCCUCGACUCGAUGCUGCUCUUUGGAACUGUUGCGACCGUUCUCUGCUGGGCCAAGUUCCACAACCAGCGCUACUCCGCCUUUGAGCCCGAGUGGUUCUUCUGGCUGUUCAUGACUGGCCUUAGCAUCGGCUGUGUGUGCAGUGUCAAGCUCGUCGGUCUCUUCGUGACCGCUCUCGUCGGCCUGUACACCAUCGAGGAUCUGUGGAACAAGUUUGGCGACACUAAGAUGCCCGUCACCACACUGGGUGCUCACGUCGUCACUCGUGUUGUCGGUCUCAUCAUCGUUCCCUUCCUGGUCUACAUGCUCUCCUUUGCUCUUCACUUCGCCAUCCUGGACCAAACGGGUCCCGGAGACGCGCAGAUGAGCUCCCUGUUCCAGGCCAACCUCAAGGGCACCGAAGUCGGCAGGAACAGCCCCUUGGAGAUUGCCUACGGCUCACGCGCCACCAUCAAGAAUAUGGGAUACGGCGGUGGCCUGCUUCACUCUCAUGUUCAGACCUACCCCGAGGGCUCUACCCAGCAACAAGUCACUUGCUACCAUCACAAGGAUGCCAACAACGACUGGUUCUUUUACCCCAAUCGCCAUGAUGAAGACUACGAUCCUGAGGCCGAGCCCCGAUUCAUCGCCGACGGCAGCACCAUCCGCCUCAUCCACGCCCAGACCGGACGCAAUCUCCACUCGCACGAGAUUGCUGCUCCCAUGACCAAGGCUGACAAGGAGGUUUCCUGCUACGGCAACCUUACCAUCGGUGAUGAUAAGGACCACUGGCAGGUUGAGGUUGUUCGCGACGUCGCUUCUCGUGACCGUAGCCGUAUCCGCACUCUCACCACCGCUUUCCGUUUGAGACACCCGACUCUUGGCUGCUAUCUUCGCGCCGGUAAUGUCAAUCUUCCUCAAUGGGGUUUCAAGCAGAUUGAGGUCACAUGCACCAAGAAGAACAACCCCAAGGAUUCCUACACUCAUUGGAACGUUGAGGCUCACACCAACGAGAAGCUACCCCCUGGCGAUCCCGGUUCUUACAAGUCCCCCUUUCUCCACGACUUCAUCCACCUCAACGUCGCCAUGAUGACAUCCAACAAUGCUCUUGUCCCCGAUCCCGACAAGCAAGACGACUUAGCAUCUCAGUGGUGGCAGUGGCCCAUCCUAAAUGUUGGUCUGCGCAUGUGCGGUUGGGACGACAACAUUGUCAAGUACUUUCUCCUCGGCAACCCCCUCGUAUACUGGGGCUCCACGGCCGGUCUCGGCAUUUUCGCUCUCGUCGUCGUCUGGUACGUCAUCCGCUGGCAGCGUGGCUACGCCGAUUUGAAUUCGAAGGAGAUCGACCAGAUCCAUUAUGCGGGAUUAUACCCCGUGGCUGGCUGGUUCCUCCACUAUCUUCCUUUCGUCGUCAUGGCACGUGUCACCUACGUCCACCACUACUAUCCCGCGCUUUACUUCGCCAUCCUCACGUUUGGUUUCUUGGCCGACUGGUUCCUUCGUAACAAGAACCAGGCUGUUCAGUACACCAUUUACGGCGUCCUGUACGCGACCAUCAUUGGUCUCUACAUCCUCUUUAGUCCCAUCUGCUUCGGUAUGACGGGCCCCAACAAGCAAUACAGCUACCUGAAGUGGUUCGACAGCUGGAGGAUCUCCGACUAGAUUACGGUACGGUUGAUCAAACCAAUUUUCAGUAGCAGACGGUCUAUUGUCGGAAAUGAUGGACUCGAGGGGUUGGUUCUCAGAAUCGGGUUUCCCCAUCCAACCCUGUGUAAGGAUAUGAGCGAUAAAUAGGGCGGCAAGCAGGAUUUCAUAGCUAUGAUGAGAAAGACCAGCCGGCGGAGGGUUCCAUCCGUACAAAAUACAAAAUGAAUUGUUUCCUUGUUUCUACAAAGCCUUUUUUCUAAAAUAAAACAAAACCUUAAGUCGUGCUUCUAGACAGCAACUGUAGCAGUGAAUUAUGAUUAUAAGUAAUAGUACAAUGUUGGAAGACGAGAACUAAAAAAACAAAUAAAACCUUUUGCUGAUGGCCUUGGGUAUCACUAUCCUUGUGUGUGUAUGCUUUUUUUUUGUACACUC